AGAAGAAAGUAAAAGUUUAAUUGAUGAUCUUAAACAUAAAGUUUCAAAAUUAAAUGAACGUGAAAUAACAACUGAGAGUUAUAUUCAAGAUCUUGAAGCAAAGCUUAAAAUUAAUUCCAGUGAAUAUAAAAAAGAUCAAGAAACAAUCAGUGAUCUUCGAAGACAACUUAUAGAAAUUAGAGAUACUGGUAAUAAUAGUGAAGAUAUAAUUAAUCAACUUGAAACUCGUCUGGAAACACGUGAAAGUAAAAUAGAAUUUAUGAGUAAAAAUGCUGAAAAACUUGAAAAAGCUUUAGAACAACAAAAAGAUGCUUAUUCCAGAUUAGAAGAAAAUUAUAAACAAGAAAAACUUACAAAUGAAGAAGACAAAAGAUUACUUAUGACAGGAAUUGAGGAUCGUGAUCGUAGAAUUUCUGAAUUAGAAAAGAAAGUCGAGGAAUUAAUUGAUGAAAUAUCACAAAUGAAACGGAUAAUGGAUACGAAAAAUAUUUCUGUUAGAAAUUAUCGUUCAAAUUCACUCGCUUCUGCUUCUUCAACUUCUUCUGAUCAAGAUACACCUCUUUCCACUCCACCUGAUUCAAAUACUCCAAAGUCAUCUGUAAAUUAUGCCUCGGUGUUGGGUUUAGAAUCGAAAUUAUAUCAACUUCAAAAAACUCAUGAAAAGACAGUCUCAGAAUAUAGUGAAAUAAAGAGUAAAUAUACCUCAUGUCUUGAAGAAAUUCAUGAACUUCAAGAACAACUUCAAGAAAUUAGGUUAAACGUUAAUAUAGUACCAGGAACGUCAUUAAAUUCUGCCGCAUCUUUGGGUGAAUUUACAGAUAAAUGUUUAGACUCUCUAUCGCCAUUCACUCAUGGUACCCAUCGUAAAGCCAAAUCUCUAUCUGAUGAAUUCAAAGGCGUAGAAAAACGCGAGAUUUCUAAUACUGCAAUGAUUCAAAAACUUCAAAUUGAAUUAAAACAACUCGAAUCACUUCAUGAAGAUAAAAACCAAGGUCUUAAUGCUGUUAAAAAUGAAUUUGCUCGCCUUGAGAUUAAUCAUCGGGAAGCUCUUGAAAUUGUUGAAGAACUUCGCGAGGAAAUAAAAAGAAGGGAUGCCCUUGCCCAGGUUGAAGUCAUGUCCGUCAUGGGAUCAGAGUAUACAUAUAACGAGGGAGGAUAUUAUUCUACAGCAACUAGUGAAGUUGAUCAACUUGAGAUUGUUCAUCGUCUUCGUGAAGAAGUAGAACUACUCAAGGAUGAACAGCGAAGGACCUUGGAAAGUAUUUCUGAGCGUGAAGAAAGUGAAAAAAAUGAAGUUAAACAACUAGAAACCACUAUAAAUCAACUUAAAUCUGAAAUGCAACAAUUACUUGAAGAACAGGCUUUAAAGAAUGCUGAAACCUCUGAUAUUGCAUCUGAUAAUAAUGAUGACCAUGUAAAAGAAAUGCAAUUAACAAUCAAAUCACUUGAAGAACAAUUAGCUGAAGUUAAACGACAGAUUGAUAUCACGAACACCGUUUCUCGACUCGAGGGUAACGAUAAAGAGUCAGAUAAAGAAAAUUCUGAACUUAGGCAACAAGUUGAAAAGCUCCAAAAUGAAAUUGAAGCAAAGAGCCAUACAAUAGCUGCAUUAUUAUUCCCAUCUAUCGAACAUCAAAAUACCAUUCGCAGACUUGAGGAUGAACUUGAAAAGGUUCGAGAGGCUCAUCAACAAGCUAUUUUAGAAAAAUCAAGCCAGUUGGCUUCAAUUUCUGAAGAGUUUGAAGGCGAAGUUGCGGAUUAUUCUAGGGAACAAGCUUAUGAUAAACAUGUACAAACGCUUGAAGAGAAAGUAAAAGAUCUUGAAGCACAAUUGAAUAAAGCAAGAGAAGCACAGCAUAUUCCAACACCUCGAACUUCAAUUCAUUUUGAUAUUGAUCCAACACGAACUAACAUAAAAGGUAUUGAAGAAAAAUUAGAUACUUUGCAACAAGAGUUAGUUCUUAAGUCAAAGACAAUUGAAAAUUUAAAUGAUGAGCAAGAAAUUGUUGCAGCACUCCAAGAACAACUCUUCAUGCUUAAAUCAGAUAUUCAACACAAAUACGAGCGUAUCGAAAUUUUGAAGAGAGAUCUUGCUGACAAGAGCAUGUUACAGCAAAAAUUAAGGGAAAAAGAGGCUGAAGCAUUGAUUUUCAAGACAAAACUUAUGGAAGUUAAUAAAAAAGAACAAGAGUCGGAAGAAGAAAUUCAAAAACUUAAGGAACAAUUAAAUAGGUUAGAAAGUGGAGAGGAUGUGAAUGAAGUUCUUCAAGAGGAAUUGGAUAGGUUAAAAAAGGAAAUCAUAGAAGUCCGUCAAAAAGAAUCUAUUGCACUUGAGAGAUUUCGAGUAUUGAAAGCCAAAUUAGGUUCAGACCCGGAGGAAAAUCAACUCCAAGAUGAAUUGGAACGUUUACGUAUUGUGGAAAUAACACAAAGAGAAAGAAUAAGAAUUUUGGAAAGUAAACUUUCUGAGCAAGGAGGUCACGUUGAAUAUGAUAUUGCACAACUCCAAAAUGAUUUGUUGCUAACUAAGGAAUCAGAGGCCGCACAAAAGAAUAAAAUUGAAAGUCUUGAAGCAAAUUUGCGUAAAGCUGAAGAUAGAUCACAAAUAAGCGCAUUUCGACGUGAGAUAAAUGGUUUGAAAGCUAAAGAAACCGAACAAUUAAAAAGAAUAGAUGAAUUAGAACUUCAAUUAAAUGAGACAUGUGCUAAGGACUUAAACGAAAUUAACAAACUUAACGAAGAGCUUGAGAAAAUGCGAGCUAUAGAACGAGAACAACGCAAAAACAUUGAAACCCUUGAAACACGAUUAGAACUUGUUAACGAUGAAGAUCCUAAUAUUUCCUCUUUAAGAGAUCAAAUUGCCAAACUAAAGGCUUCAGAGUCAGAUGCGCGUAGAACCGUUCAGGAAUAUGAAUCAAAACUCGCAGCAGCACAGAAAGAAGCCAAAAUUUUCGAUACAGUUAAAGAAGAGGUCAAAUUCUUGAAAGAAUUAGAGAUUGAACAAAAAUCCACUAUUGAACAAUUACAAGCACAACUUCAUAAACUUAGAACUUCUAAAGAAGUUGUUGUUAACGAACUUCAGACUAUGAAAGGAGGUUUUAAUCUUCAAAAGGAUUUAGUCAUCUCACUCGAAAAAGAAGUAAACUCUCUAAGGGAAAAAUUGGCUGAGAUAAAGGAUAACGACACAAACUCAUCACAGGAUCUUGAAGAAAUGACCAACUUGAUAAGCAGAACUCAAAAGGAAC